ACAGGAGCGCCCGAUCUCAUUUCAAACGAAUUCAAAAUUUUCACUUUCCCUCAAUUCUCUCACUCCCGAUCUCAAGCUUCAACUUCUUCCAAAUUGACUUCCGAAUCCGUACAUUUUCUCGCGAAACAAACACCGGUGCUCUCGCUGUUCAGAUCGGUCUCUCUCCCAAUUUGGUAUCACAAGCAUCUCUCCGUCCAUAGAGGAACAACUUCAAACCUAAUUGUCUGACCAGUGACUCUCUCUCUCUCUCUGUGCGGAUAAAAAUGUUUAUGCGAAGCCAAAACAGGGCUCCUCGAAGUCCCUCCAGUAGAAAUAUUAGCACCGGUGAUGUGCCUCCGGACAAGCGAAGGAAAAUUGGAUCUGCAAGGUCAGCUGGAGUGGCGACUGUAGGGCGAGGGAGGCAGCCACUUGCAGCGGUGAACAACCGACAGGAUGUUGUGGCUAGUGCCAGUGAUAUGGGUGGAGCUGAGGGUUCGGAGUGUGAGAGUGUGGAGUUUACGAAAGAGGAGGUUGAGGCAUUGUUAAAUGAAAAGGUCAAGGGCAAGAAGUUUGACGUCAAGGGAAAAAUGGAGCAAAUGAAUGAACAUAUUAGGAAGCUUAAGCUCUGUGUAAAGUGGUUUCAAGAAGUUGAAGACGGGCAUGUCCAAGAAAAGGAAAAGCUACGGAAUACGUUGGAGUCUUCUGAGAGAAAGUUGACAGAAACAGAGGCUGCCAUGACAAAGAACGAGGAGGAAUUCAAUUCAAUUCUUACCGAGUUAAAGUUGAAAUCCACUUUGUUGCAAGAAAACUUGGCAAAAGAAGAAUCCGAGAAGCUAGAUGCAAUUGAGUGUCAUAGGAGAGAAACGGAAGCCAAGGUUACAGCGGAAAAGUUGCAAGCUUCUCUAAGAGAAGAGCUUGGAAAGGCUGAGCAAGAUAAAUUAAGUGCCAACCAGAGGGUGAUAUCUCUAAAUGAUAUGUACAAGAGAUUGCAAGAGUACAACACAAGUUUGCAGCAGUAUAAUACCAAGCUUCAAACAGAUCUUGCGACAGCUAAUGAGUCUCUUAAACGUGUUGAAAACGAGAAAGCAACUAUAGUUCAGAAUCUCUCCACUUUAAGGGGUCAUUAUAAUGCAUUGCAGGACCAAUUAACUUCCUCCAAAGCUUCUCAAGAUGAGGCUGUUAAGCAAAAAGAAGCACUUUUGAAAGAAGUUAAUUGCAUUAGAGUAGAACUACAACAUGCUAGGGAAGACCGUGAUCGACAGUGUGCGCAGGUGCAGGAGUUAACUGCUGAAAUUGUGAAGUACAAAGAAACUACAGGAAAAUCAGUAGCAGAGUUGGAUAACUUGAGCCUAAAAUCAUAUGCCUUGGAGGAGACAUGCUCGUCCCAAAGAGAGCAAAUACAUGUAUUGCAGCAUCAGCUAGCUGCGGCAACUGAGAAACUAAAGAUGUCAGAUUUAUCUGUUGUGGAAACAAGGACAGAAUUCGAACAGAAAAAGCGAGCUAUGCACGAGUUACAAGAUCGCCUUGCCGAUGCAGAGCUUAAACUAGUUGAAGGAGAGAAGUUACGGAAAAAGCUUCAUAAUACUAUUUUGGAACUUAAAGGGAACAUUCGCGUGUUCUGCAGGGUUCGCCCCAUGUUACCUGAUGAUUGUGCUACAACAGAGACACCGAUUUCCUAUCCUAUGUCUAUGGAAUCUUUAGGCCGAGGGAUUGAGUUGCUACAAAGUGGGCAAAAAUAUCCUUUUACCUUUGACAAAGUGUUCGAUCAUGAGGCUUCUCAACAAGAUGUUUUCGUAGAAAUAUCUCAACUAGUGCAAAGUGCCCUUGAUGGUUAUAAGGUUUGUAUAUUUGCCUAUGGCCAGACAGGUUCAGGGAAAACCUAUACCAUGAUGGGUGUGCCAGAAGCUUAUGAGCAAAAAGGGCUUAUACCACGUUCGUUAGAGCAGAUUUUUGAAACUAGCCAAUCACUUCAAGCACAAGGUUGGAAAUACAAAAUGCAGGCAUCAAUGCUUGAAAUCUACAAUGAGACGAUCCGUGAUUUGCUUUCAGUAAAUUGUUCCAGUGGCUUAGACUUGACACGUGCAGAAAAUUGUGGUGUGGGAAAGCAAUAUGCAAUUAAGCAUGAUGCAAAUGGAAACACACAUGUAGCUGAUCUUACCAUUGUUGAUGUCUGCAGUAUGAAAGAGGUUUCUCGUCUUCUACGACAAGCUGCACAAAGCAGGUCUGUUGGCAAGACUGAUAUGAAUGAGCAUUCUUCUAGAAGCCACUUUGUUUUUACUUUGCGGAUAUUUGGAGUAAAUGAGAGCACCGAGCAACAAGUGCAAGGUGUCUUGAACCUCAUUGAUCUAGCUGGGAGUGAACGACUCUCAAGGAGUGGGGCAACUGGUGACCGGUUGAAGGAAACUCAGGCCAUCAACAAAAGUUUGUCUUGCUUGAGUGAUGUCAUUUUUGCAUUGGCAAAGAAAGAUGACCAUGUUCCAUUCAGGAACUCAAAGCUUACAUAUCUUCUUCAGCCGUGCCUAGGGGGUGAUUCGAAGACCUUGAUGUUUGUCAACGUCUCUCCCGACCCAUUAUCAGUUGGCGAGUCGAUUUGCUCUCUCAGAUUUGCUGCUAGAGUUAAUUCUUGUGAGAUUGGAAUUGCUCGUCGCCAAACAUCAACACGAACUUUAGAUUCCCGGUUGAGUUGCGGCUGAAGCUAUAGAUUUUCCAUGCAUGACAUGAGAGCAAGGUUUCUAACUUGUCUGUUCAUUUGUAUGCUUACUGCUUGGAUCAAUGACUUUGGAGAAGUGUUGUUUUCAAAUUUUUGUGCACUUUCUGUGCACAAAUGGUACUGAGACUGAGAUUGUUGUAUAUUUUGUUUGUUGACCAAAGUAAUUGACUUUCUUUUCUUAGCUUGUUUUUGACAAUGUGUGGCUUUGUAUUUAGACAUUAACUCUUGUAAUUGCUUCAUAGAAAAAAGCUUUCUGCUGAGGGGUUUUGGUAAUUGUAUUUGGCAUAUUUGGCAUUUGCCAUGUGCUAGAAAUGUAAUUUGCUCGAAAUACUGGAUUGGGAAUUUGUUAUGAGAAGGCACACAGAUUACCUGUUGUACUUCA